UUAGAUCUUUUGUUCAGUGUUGAGAGUAGAGUUGGGACCGUACUAUCACCUCCACUACCACCCUAUACCCAGGCCACGAAGUCCAGACUGCCAGCCACCAAAGUCGUUCUCACUUGACGAGAUGUGGAAGAUCAAACCCCCCAUCACCUACUCUUUGGAAGCAAAGUACAGGCCCCAUCUCGAGACCUUGGUCCCUACAGACCCCAUGUCCCUGUUCAACCUGAAGAGAGGUUCCCCCGAAGAGGAGUUCCCUAACCUAAAAUACAACUACACGUGUAUGGCGAGCAUCCUGACUCCAAAACUGUAUGCUCGCCAGUUCAACCGUGCCACCCAGAGUGGGGUCAUCUUUGAUGAUGUCAUACGCCCGGGCCUCGAGGAACCAGGGGAGCUUCAUGGACCCAUGUCUGUGGGUUGUGUGGCUGGUGACGGCCAGUCGUACAUCCUCUUCUGUGACUUCUUUGAUCGGGUCAUUGAGGCCUUCCAAAACCACAAGAUCAGCAAGUUACAGGAGAGUGACUUUAAUCAUGACAACUUAAAGGGAGGUGAUGAUUUUGACCGUGAUUACGCCUUGAGCUGCGAGGUGAGUGUGGUGCGCGGUGUGGAUGACUUCUGCUUUCCGACACACUGCAGCCGGGGAGAACGUAGACAGCUCUUCAUGUUGGCCAAGAAAGCUCUGGACCAAUUGGCAGAGGAGUUGCCAGGGAAGCUGUACUCAAGGGCAGAACUGUCACAAGACAAAGAAGACAAGGGAGUGACCGUGGGAGCCCCUUCCCUUUCCCAGUUGAGGAACGGGGUGGCCCGUGACUGGCCUGACUCCAGAGCUGUAUGGAUCAGUAAAGAAGGGACCCUGGUGGUAUGGGUCAAUAUUGACGACCACCUCAGAUUGGUGACCACGCGAGAUGACGCCAACAUCGCAGAGGCCUUCCAAUGUAUCUGUGUCAACAUCCUUAAGUUGGAGGCACUGUACAAAAAGCUGAGGCACCCAUUCAUCUGGAAGCAGCAGCUUGGAUGGGUAGUGAGCUCUCCAGCAGAUGUGGGGACCGGCCUGAGGGCUAGCGUUCGUGUCAAGAUGCAACACCUGCCCAGACACAAACGUCUGGAAGACGUCCUCAGGAGACUACGCCUCCGCAUGGACAACACCGACUGCAGUGAAGUGUAUAACAUCAGUAAUGCCCAGACAAUCGGCUUGGACGAGGUGGGAUUCACGCAGCUAGUGGUGGACGGGGUCAAGCUGCUCAUCCGCAUGGAGAAGAGGUUAGAGGGGGAAGAGAAAAUCGAUGAUCUGGUGCCUUUACAGAAGUAGAGCUGAGGAAGAUGGGAGGGAAAGGGACUCCUGUCCUAAUCAACAAAAACUUCACAUUUUAGUAGAUUGACUGGGAGCGUGCUAUUGUAAUACAGGGCUUUUGGGAGAAUGACAUGAUCAUGAGUUUUUCUAAAACCAACAAUGUUUUAACAGCUGACUAUGUUAAUGUUGAUUGUACUGUGUUCUAAUUCAAUUAACACUGUGAUAUAGGUACAAAGACUUAUUACAUUAAUAUUGCAUAAAAAAGUAAAAUACUUUUCAAAAGUUCAAAAUGAUGCUUAUGUGCUGUAUAUAAAAACUGUUUGACUUCAAAUAUUUUUGCAUAAUUUCACCUGUUUGCUUUCAGUAUGAAGUUUGGCAUGGCCACACACAUUAGGAUAAUCAUGAGCUCCAGAGCAAUAUACACUGCUCAAAAAAAUAAAGGGAACACUUAAACAACACAAUUUAACUCCAAGGCAAUCACACUUCUGUGAAAUCAAACUGUCCACUUAGGAAGCAACACUGAUUGACAAUGAAUUUCACAUGCUGUUGUGCAAAUGGAAUAGACAACAGGUGGAAAUUAUAGGCAAUUAGCAAGACACCCCCAAUAAAGGAGUGGUUCUGCAGGUGGUGACCACUGACCACUUCUCAGUUCCUAUGCUUCCUGGCUGAUGUUUUGGUCACUUUUGAAUGCUGGUGGUGCUUUCACUUUAGUGGUAGCAUGAGACGGAGUCUACAACCCACACAAGUGGCUCAGGUAGUGCAGCUCAUCCAGGAUGGCACAUCAAUGCGAGCUGUGGCAAGAAGGUUUGCUGUGUCUGUCAGCGUAGUGUCCAGAGCAUGGAGGCGCUACCAGGAGACAGGCCAGUACAUCAGGAGACGUGGAGGAGGCCGUAGGAGGGCAACAACCCAGCAGCAGGACCGCUACCUCCGCCUUUGUGCAAGGAGGAGCAGGAGGAGCACUGCCAGAGCCCUGCAAAAUGACCUCCAGGCCACAAAUGUGCAUGUGUCUGCUCAAACGGUCAGAACCAGUCUCCAUGAUGGUGGUAUGAGGGCCUGACGUCCAUAGGUGGGGGUUGUGCUUAGCGAACACCAAGAUUGGCAAAUUCGCUACUGGCGCCCUGUGCUCUUCACAGAUUAAAGCAGGUUCACACUGAGCACAUGUGACAGACGUGACAGAGUCUGGAGACGCAGUGGAGAACGUUCUGCUGCCUGCAACAUCCUCCAGCAUGACCGGUUUGGCGGUGGGUCAGUCAUGGUGUGGGGUGGCAUUUCUUUGGGGGGCCGCACAGGCCUCCAUGUGCCUGCCAGAGGUAGCCUGACUGCCAUUAGGUACCGAGAUGAGAUCCUCAGACCCCUUGUGAGACCAUAUGCUGGUGCGGUUGGCCCUGGGUUCCUCCAAAUGCACGACGAUGCUAGACCUCAUGUGGCUGGAGUGUGUCAGCAGUUCCUGCAAGUGGAAGGCAUUGAUGCUAUGGACUGGCCCACCCGUUCCCCAGACCUGAAUCAAAUUGAGCACAUCUGGGACAUCAUGUCUCGCUCCAUCCACCAACGUUGCGCCCCAGACUGUCCAGGAGUUGGCGGAUGCUUUAGUCCAGGUCUGGGAGAUCCCUCAGGAGACCAUCCGCCACCUACUCAGGAGCAUGCCCAGGCGUUGUAGGGAGGUCAUACAGGCACGUGGAGGCCACACACACUACUGAGCCUCAUUUUGACUUGUUUUAAGGACAUUACAUCAAAGUUGGAUCAGCCUGUAGUGUGGUUUUCCACUUUAAUUUAGAGUGUGACUCCAAAUCCAGACCUCCAUGGGUUGAUAAAUUUGAUUUCCAUUGAUCAUUUUUGUGUGAUUUUGUUGUCAGCACAUUCAACUAUGUAAAGAAAAAAGUAUUUAAUAAGAAUAUUUCAUUCAUUCAGAUCUAGGAUGUGUUAUUUUAGUGUUCCCUUUAUUUUUAUGAGCAGUGUAUAUUUCUAUACAAAUUACAAAGCUCUUUCCAGGACGUAUCGUUCCUCCAUGUUACUCGGGUUAUGUUAAACCGAUUGGCUGUGAAGCCAUGGUUACACACAAAAUUGAAUAGUAAAUACUGGUAAAAAAAUUACAAAAUGACAGCAGACAUUUGCUUGAGACUCCUUUCAAGUAAGCUUUAAUAUUGUGCACGAGUGAGACUGAAUCUAGAUGACUCAAGCUUUCCUCGCAUAUAUGUUGUGGUAGGAGGGCUUUCGGUGGGGGGAGGGGUUAUAAUGGAGAUGAAAAGGGCGAGGCAUAAUCAUUUACAUUUCUUUAACACUUUCUGCUUCUCCUCUACACUUGAUCUGCUAAGGCAACACAAUAAGACAUCCUCUCUGGAAGUUGUACCGUUAACAAUUAGGAAUAUGCAUUUUUCUUCCACGUGCAGUACCCCCUCCAAACCCCCCUGCUCCCAUAAUGCCACAGAAAGUCAGCGGUGGAGAUUUCUCGCUCAGCUUCCAGAAUAACUCACAGCUUUUAACCUUGUUUUCAUAUAUUUUUUUUUAACCUUUUCCUUUUUCCUUUCUAUUGUGUCUUUUGAAAUUAGGAAAUAAAAUGUCUGCAUUCUGUU